CCCAGUUUAUGUAGGGCACUUAGCUAGGGAAUAGGGAGACAUUUGGGAGUCAGCGAUGCUCAUGUACUGAAGUGACAGCGGGCUAAUCCCAAAUGUCAGAAUACAGGACACACUGUGCACUACGUAGGGCGGAUAAACCACUACCUUAGCACUAGUUAGGACACUUAUAAAGGGAGUAAGCAGUCGUUUGGGUUUCAGCCAGCAUCUUCUUACCGCACCGAGAGGACGUUGAAGGAAGACCUUGCGCUUUUGCUUCCUUUCUUUUUUCUCUAUACAUUUUUCUAGUUAUUUUUAUAAAGGAAAAAUCCUCGGAUAUAUUUGUCGUACGGGACGUUGAUGAGAAAAAACUUCUUAAAAAGCAGCUCAAAAGAACAAAAGAUUUAUUUAUUUAAUAUAGCUAUAUAUUUAUCAGCUCUCACAGGAGGAGUUGAUUUCCAGUUCAAGUCCACUUAGGCUACAUUUAGUGCCCUGUUUGUUAACGUUGAAAAAAAAAAGCCAUCAAAUGAAUGAUGGAGGAAAUGACAGAAGGCGUUUUAGCUGUUAAUGAUCAGCAGCUCAUCUUCACACUAUUAGGGUUAGAGAGAAGAUGCUUGAUGCUGUGUUAGACCCGGUGGGCUUGUCUAGCUUCUCCACUCGUGGUCGUCACCCACACGUUUCAUGCACAGACACAGAGACACAGAGAGGACAUAACGAUAGGAAGUCAUCUGUGGACUCUUAAAGCUCCGGAUCUGGAGGAAGAUGAGUGGCGCUGGACUCGCCACUAGGACGCAUCUUUACAAUGAUGGGACCGCGCACUCAGCCACAGCCAGAGGCGAGUAUGAUUCCACCACAGCGCCCAUCCAAUCCUGGUGACAGGCCACCUGCUGAAACGGUUAAGAAGAACAGUGUGAGUAACACUGGACUGAUUCUGGACAGCUCAGCACUGAAGAUGGCUGAUGUGGACUCGGAGGUUCCUCCUCUCCCACCACGGUACCGCUUCAGAGACCUGCUUUUGGGGGAUCAGUCGUUUCAGAAUGACGACAGGGUCCAGGUGGAAUUCUAUGUGAAUGAAAACACAUUUAAAGAACGAUUGAAGCUCUUCUUUAUCAAAAACCAAAGGUCAAGCCUCAGAAUACGCCUUUUCAACCUCUCCCUGAAGUUGUUAACAUGUCUCCUCUACAUUCUCAGAGUAUCACUGGAUGUCCCAUGCGAACGGAAGCCCUACUUCAAUGUCACUGAUACUCUGUGCAGUAAAAUCUCUACCAAUCAGACGACAGAUCCCAUCCAGAUCAACUGGGAUUUGAUAUUCUGGGUGAACAGAAAGACUCCUGUAUGGGCGAUACAGGUGACAGUGGCCUUAAUUAGCUUCCUAGAAGCAAUGCUUUUGACAUAUCUCAGUUACAAGGGAAACAUUUUUGAGCAGCUUUUCCAAGUUUCCUUCAUCCUUGAGAUGAUCAAUACAGUGCCAUUCAUAAUUACAAUCUUUUGGCCACCAUGGAGGAACAUAUUUGUCCCAGUGUUCCUUAAUUGCUGGCUUGCCAAGUCGGCACUGGAGAACAUGAUUAAUGAUCUUCACCGUGCCAUCCAGCGCACACACUCUGCUAUGUUUAACCAGGUGCUCAUCCUCAUCUGCACACUGCUUUGCCUGGUCUUCACCGGGGCCUGUGGGAUUCAACACCUAGAGCGAGCAGGGAAGAAUCUUUCCCUGUUUGAUUCGGUCUAUUUCUGCAUCGUCACCUUCUCCACUGUGGGCUACGGUGAUGUCACACCAAAAAUCUGGCCCUCUCAGCUACUAGUGGUCAUCAUGAUAUGUGUGGCGCUUGUAGUUCUCCCAUUACAGUUUGAGGAGCUAGCGUAUCUGUGGAUGGAGAGGCAGAAGUCAGGCGGUAACUACAGCAGACAUCGAGCUCAGACUGAAAAACAUGUGGUCCUUUGUGUCAGUUCACUCAAGAUUGACCUCCUCAUGGACUUCCUCAAUGAGUUUUAUGCGCAUCCCAGACUGCAGGAUUAUUAUGUGGUCAUCCUAUGCCCCACAGAGAUGGACAUCCAAGUGCGUCGAGUGUUGCAGAUUCCUCUGUGGUCUCAGAGAGUCAUCUACCUGCAGGGCUCUGCACUAAAAGACCAGGACCUCAUGAGAGCCAAGAUGGAUGAUGCAGAAGCCUGCUUUAUUCUCAGCAGCAGAAAUGAAGUGGACCGUACUGCAGCUGACCAUCAGACUAUCCUACGAGCCUGGGCAGUGAAGGACUUUGCCCCAAACUGUCCUCUAUAUGUACAGAUCCUUAAACCUGAGAAUAAAUUCCAUGUGAAGUUUGCUGAUCAUGUGGUGUGUGAAGAAGAGUUCAAGUAUGCCAUGCUGGCUCUGAACUGCGUGUGUCCAGCCACAUCCACACUGGUUACACUCCUGGUCCACACUUCACGUGGACAGGAGGGGCAGAUGUCUCCAGAACAGUGGCAGAGAACAUACGGACGCUGCUCAGGCAAUGAAGUUUACCACAUCCGCCUUAUGGACAGCAAAUUCUUCGGAGAGUAUGAUGGGAAAAGUUUUACUUAUGCCUCAUUCCACGCGCAUAAAAAAUAUGGAGUUUGCCUAAUUGGUGUAAAAAGAGAAGAGAAUAAAAGCAUCCUGCUCAACCCUGGUCCCCGCCACAUCAUGGCUGCCACAGACACCUGCUACUACAUCAACAUCACCAAGGAGGAGAACUCCGCCUUCAUCUUUAAACAGGAAGAGAAGCACAGCAAGGGCCUGCCAGUCCCUGGUCUGUACGACGCCCCCUCUCGCCUCCCCGUGCAGAGCAUCAUAGCCAGCAUGGGAACUGUGGCCAUAGACCUACAGAACCCUGAGCCCGCAGGUGACAGUAGCAAGCUGGCACUUCCCACAGAGAACGGAGCAGGCAGCCGGCGUCCGAGCAUCGCCCCUGUGCUUGAGCUGGCUGACUCCACUGCCAUCCUGCCCUGUGACCUCCUGAGUGAUCCUUCUGAGGACGAGACCAACCAAUCAGAUGAGGAAGGAGUACCUGCCCCAGAAUAUGUAAAAGGAUAUCCUCCGAACUCGCCAUACAUCGGGAGUUCACCAACACUGUGCCACCUUCUACAAGAGAAAGCUCCAUUUUGCUGUCUGCGAUUAGAUAAGGGUUGCCGCCAUAACAGUUUUGAAGAUGCCAAGGCAUAUGGUUUCAAGAACAAGCUGAUCAUAGUCUCUGCUGAAACGGCUGGAAACGGCUUGUACAAUUUUAUCGUUCCACUGCGAGCUUAUUACCGACCCAGGAAGGAGCUCAACCCCAUCGUGCUACUGCUAGACAAUCCGCCAGAUAAUCAUUUUUUGGAGGCCAUCUGCUGUUUCCCCAUGGUGUACUUUAUGGCCGGCACCAUAGACAAUUUAGAUAAUCUGCUGCAGUGUGGGAUUAUUUACGCUGAUAACCUAGUAGUGGUGGAUAAAGAAAGCACUAUGAGUGCAGAGGAGGACUAUAUGGCUGAUGCUAAAACUAUUGUCAAUGUUCAAACCAUGUUUAGGUUGUUUCCAAGUCUCAGUAUUAUCACUGAACUAACUCAUCCCUCUAAUAUGAGGUUUAUGCAGUUUCGAGCCAAAGACUGCUACUCCCUGGCUCUCUCCAAAUUAGAGAAGAUAGAGAGAGAUAAGGGAUCUAAUCUGGCGUUCAUGUUCCGCCUCCCGUUCGCUGCAGGCAGGGUGUUCAGCAUUAGCAUGUUGGAUACACUCCUUUACCAGUCUUUUGUUAAGGACUACAUGAUUCCUAUUGCUAGACUCCUGCUGGGGCUAGACACUACCCCAGGCUCUGGCUACCUCUGUAUGAUGAAGGUGACUGAGGAAGACCUAUGGAUCCGCACAUAUGGAAGGCUGUUUCAGAAGCUCUGUUCCUCCAGCGCUGAAAUCCCAAUUGGCUUGUACCGCACAGAAUCCCACAUGUUCUCAUCGUCAGAGUCUCAGGUGUCUGUAAAUGUGGAUGAGUGUGAUGACCCACGGGACCGACGCGAGUCCUGGAAAGAGAAAACGGCCCACAGGAACUCGACAGGCAGCGACCAAUCAGAACAUCCACUGCUGAGGAAGAAGAGCAUGCAGUGGGCACGGAGGCUAAGCAGGAAGAGCACCAAGCCUCCCAGCCGUGCUGAACGAAUCAACCAACAACGCCUCAACCUCUACAGACGCUCUGAGAGACAGGAGCUCUCUGAACUGGUGAAGAACCGCAUGAAGCAUCUGGGUCUGCCCACCAUCGGCUACGAGGACGUAGCUAAUUUAACUGCGAGUGAUGUGAUGAACCGAGUAAAUCUCGGAUAUUUGCAAGAUGAAAUGAAUGAUCAUCAGAACACAUUAUCCUAUGUGCUGAUCAACCCUCCACCAGACACUGUACUGGAGCUCAAUGAUAUUGUGUACAUCAUCCGGUCAGACCCUUUAGCCCAUGUACCCGAUGAGUUGCCCGUGUGCCAACCAGGUGCCAGGCUGAAGCAGGAAUAUGGCACAGAGACACGAGGAGAGACUCAUCUCUGAGUCCCAGAGCUCAGCUUUGGAGCAUGCAUGAAGAGUGCCUCCUGUCCUUGAUUCACACAUCCACAACCCAUGAAGCACGCUGCCCUCCAAGGCCACAGGGGAAGGGGGGAUAACUACACCAUCACUGACAUAAUUCCCCUGCUUUUCCCUUUUCUAGGACAGAAGUGGAAUAUGUGUGUACAUGGCAGUGAAACGGCUGCUGCACUUUUCCCAGAUUAGACAGGUUAAAAGACAAGGAGCUGAGAUUUUCUGGACCAAACACACUGUUCAACCUUUUAUUUUCUCUUUGGACAGUGUAUGAAAUACAGAAGAAUGCAAUGUUAAGCUGGGCGAGGGGAAGAGAAACAGAUCAUGACUGCCAUUUAAUGUGCUGAUAUUUUCAAAGACAUUAACAAUCAGUAAAUAGAAGUGAAACAUUUUUACAUUCAUACAUGUAGGUAAAUAUUCUUUUACAUGGUCAUGGACUUUCAGUAUUUAUCGUCAUAUAAUACAUCAUAUUAUUGUUUUGUCCUUGAAGCACAAGUAUUGUAGAUUAGAAUUAUCCAACCAGUCAAAUCAAACUAAUCAUGAACUAUUCAAUCAAAACCAGUCAAAUUAAUCAUAUCAAGUAUUAUUUUUAAGAAUGAAAUCGUUUAUUGAUCCAGUUUUGGUGCUUUAUCACCACUUUGAAAACCUGCAGCAAAAAAAAAAAAAAAUUUGAACCAGUAAUUACUUUUGUAUUCGAUAUCACAAGCAUUAACAGAUUUUUAUGGACACCCUGAUAAAAGUGAGAGCCAUUAUAACAGGAUAGAAAAUAAUGUUUGUUUUUUUUCAGUAACAUGGCUCCCACAGAAGGGCUGCUCAUGAGAAAUCAUCUAACUAAAAAUUCAUCCUAUUGAUAUUAUGCAUAAUGUGUAAACAUUCAGAAUGACACUCUGUAUGUUUCAACGCAGUUUGCCUGAGAAUUAACAAUGAAGUAUUUUUCUUUUUGGUAUUAGAGCCAGAUGUUGAAAACUAAAAAGUUCUCACAUUUGUAUCCAAUUGUUUUAUUACACACACUAUCUUGUGUUAUUCAGUGUCAUUCAACAGUCAUGACUAGGAUACUAGAAUCUGCCAGAUAUUUUGCACUAAGCUCUGCUGGUCCAAAUGGAGUAGCGUAGUAUAGCAUGGCCCUUUAACCUUAAACUAUGAGGAAAUGAGGCAGUAGUGUUAUCGAAUAAAACAAUUUCCAUUUCUUGAUGUUCAUUACAAAGCAUAUAUAUAUAUAAUAUAAAUAUAUGUUUUCAGAAGCUACAGUGAAACAGCUCACUUCUAUUUGUUGCAUGUCAUUUUAAAGCUACAAUGAAACAGUAGUGUAGAGUAGAAUCUGAAGUUUUUAUGGGCAACUUUUUAUAUGUGAAGCCAGAACUGCAAACCUCGAACAUUUCUGUUGAGUUCAAUAGCCACUACAUGAAGGGGUAAAUUUAUAAUACAUAUAUUUAUCGAAUAUUAGAUGCCUUGCAGCAGUAUUUUUCUGUUGGCCCUUCAUGGUUCUUCUCCAGUGACUGCUGUACUCUUUGUAUUGACCUCUACUGUAGUGCAUCACGAAGAUCAAAUGGAUAUGUCGAACCAUAUUUCCCAACAUGUCCAUCUCAGGUGACUGAGGAGAAGCACUGGAGCUAGCAGAAGGAAGAUUGAUUUGAAACGAACAGCGUAAAUAUCAGUGCAGCUCUCAAAACGUGUUAGCCAUAUUGGGAGAAUCUUUGUGCCGCAAUUCUUGGCCAAUCAUGCUUGUAGCCUGUUUGAAAGCAACCCUUUAGUGGUUUUGGUGAGGUGAAGGGUAGAGAAGAGCACAAGCUCGGUUUGUCCGCAUGUUUACACAAUCCCUUGGUCUAGUAGUGAAGCUAGACAGCAGAUAAUCAAUGUUUUUUCUCCACAAGGUACCACCAUAAUCAUGCUCAUGACUACAAUAAAUCAGUUUGAGGAGUGGAUUACAUUUAUAUGGACUGUCCACUCAAAGUUUAUUUCCUUUUCUUCUUCUCAUUUGUAAAGGCAUACGCAUAUUGUGCAUGUUAGCAUAGUCUGCAAACUUUCCUUUGAAAGUUGCACAUGCUCCCUUUCUUUUCCACACCACUGACCGCCUUCAACUAUUUCAAUUUAUAGGUAUGUUUAGUCACGUGCGCAUUUCAAUAGAGGUAGAAGACAAACGGACAAUGCAUGUCCUUCUAUUGCCAAACCUACAAGAGACCUAUGUUUACAUUUGCUGGCACCUGUUUUUUUGUGUAGAACAGUACAUUGUAAAGGAGAACUGAUCCAUUUUGUACAAUUUCUUAUAUGAAGUCUGUGUACUUCCAACAUGUAAGAAUGAUUCAAUAAAUGCUGCAUGCAGCCAGAAA